UCUGACCUAAUGGCUCACCAGCGAGUUCACACCAAGGAGCGGCUGUUCACCUGCUCCAUCUGUGAGAAGAGAUUCAGUAACUCUUCAACCCUAUGGAAACACCAGCGAAUUCACAAUGGGGAGAAGCCGUUCCCCUGCGCAGUCUGUGGGAAGAGAUUCACUCGGUCAUUCUACCUACUUGAACACCUGCGAGUUCACACUGGGGAGAGGCCAUUCACCUGCUCAGACUGUGGGAAGGGAUUCACUCAGUUAUCCAACCUACAGAGUCAUCAGCGAGUUCACACUGGGGAGAAGCCGUUCCCCUGCGCAGUCUGUGGGAAGAGAUUCAUUGACUCAUCCAGCCGACAGAAACAUCAGCGAAUUCAUACCGGGGAGAAGCCGUUCACCUGCUCAGAAUGUGGGAAACGAUUCACUCAGUCAUCCCACCUUCAGAGUCAUCAGCGAGUUCACACUGGGAAGAAGCCAUUCACCUGCUCAGAAUGUGGGAAACGAUUCACUCGGUCAUUCUACCUACUUGAACACCUGCGAGUUCACACUGGGGAGAGGCCAUUCACCUGCUCAGACUGUGGGAAGGGAUUCACUCAGUUAUCCAACCUACAGAGUCAUCAGCGAGUUCACACUGGGGAGAAGCCGUUCACCUGCUCAGUCUGUGGGAAGAGAUUCACUGAUCUAUCCACCCUACUGAGGCAUCAGCGAGUUCACACUGGAGAGAGGCCGUUCACCUGCUCAGAGUGUGGGAAGGGAUUCACUCGGUCAUCCCACCUACUGGCACACCAGCGAGUUCACACUGGGGAGAAGCCAUCCACCUGCUCAGUCUGUGGGAAGAGAUUCAUUUAUUUAUCCCACCUGCAGAUACAUCAGCGAGUCCACAGUGGAGAGAAGCCAUUCACCUGCUUGGUCUGUGGGAAGAGACUCACUCAUUUAUCCAGCUUACAGAUUCAUCAGCGAGUUCACACUGGGGAGAGGCCAUUCACUUGCUCAGUCUGUGGGAAGGGAUUCACUCGGUCAUCCACCCUACAGAGUCAUCACCGAGUUCACACUGGGGAGAAGCCAUUCAUCUGCUCAGAAUGUGGGAAAGGAUACACUCAGUCAUCCGAACUACUGGCACACCAGAGAAUUCACACUGGGGAGAAGCCAUUCACCUGCUCAGACUGUGGGAAGGGAUUCACUCACUCUUCCACACUAUGGAGACACCAGCGAGUUCACACUGGGGAGAAGCCAUUUACCUGCUCAGUCUGUGGGAAGAGAUUCACUCAGUCAUCCAUACUACAGAUUCAUCAGCGAAUACACACUGGAGAGAGGCCGUUCACCUGCUCAGAGUGUGGGAAGGGAUUCAUUCGGUCACACCAUCUGCAGAGACACCAGCAAGUUCACACUGGGGAGAAGCCAUUCCUCUGCUCAGACUGUGGGAAGAGAUUCACUGAGUCAUCCACUCUAUUGGUACAUCAGCGUGUUCACACUGGGGAGAAGCUGUUCACCUGCUCAGACUGUGGGAAGGGAUACACUCAGUCAUCCCACCUACAUAGACAUCAGCGAGUUCACACUGGGGAGAAGCUGUUCCUCUGCUCAGACUGUGGGAAGAGAUUCACUCAGUCAUCCAACCUACAGAGUCACUUGCGAGUUCACACUGGGGAGAAGCCGUUCACUUGCUCAGAAUGUGGGAAGAGAUUCACUCAGUCAUCCACCCUACAGAGACAUCAGCGAGUUCACACCGGGGAGAAGCCAUUCACCUGCUCAGAAUGUGGGAAGGGAUUCACUCAGUCAUCCAACCAACAAUGUCAUCAGCGAGUUCACACUGGGGAGAAGCCGUUCACCUGCUCAGAAUGUGGGAAGCGAUUCACUCGGUCAUCCCAACUACUGGCACAUCAGUCAGUUCACAAUGGGGAGUUGCCAUUGUUAUGAAUCCCUAGGUUUCAUUUGCCAUGGACUGACAUUUUAAGAGAGAGGGAUUAAGAAGUAAAAUCAGUUGGACUUGCAGCUUGUUUACAUCGCUCGCAGCUUGUUUAGUUUUAACCGAGGACACAGACAAUCAGAGUCAGACGGAGAUGAAGGAGGAAAAAUGGAAGGAUUGAAAACAGGGAACUGGUGGCCAAGGGUCACUGUUUGGAGCUUCCCUAUGCCCACAAGGGUGGGUUAAUUAUCGAUUCACUGUACAUCGAAUGUUUGUUUGUCACCUCGUUAGAUCCAUAGGAGUGAAUCUGAUUUAGAAUAUCCUGUGAAGACAACUGAUGUGUUAUCCCUUGCAUGGCUGUGGUGAGGUAAUUCACUUGAAGACAAUAUUCCUUGUGACAAGUCAAUUUCGAUGAUAAUUUGAUGGAUAAAAUCUACAGUGACUGUUCUCUCGUUUUACCACCAUGGAACCUGUGGAAUUCGACAAAAUUGCCUUCGCUCGACAUUUAGCCUGGAUUGCAAAUAUCUCUCUCUCAUCACCUAUUCCAUGAAUGAACUGAACUUUCAUAUUUUACCAUCUGAAAACUGUAAGCAUUGUUCCCCCUAAACACAAUAGUUUUGGAGCAACAUUUACACACGUAUAUACACAUUACUCUGUUAACUUUUGUUUAUCUUGCUCAAGUUUCUACAUAGUAAAAAGAGGGGUUUUCACAUCAAAGCCAGACCCCAGUGUGAACUCAAUUGCUGCUGGUUUGUUUCUGAAGUGUUAUGGUUCAUAAUAAAAUUGGGGCCUGCAUCUGAAAUAUGAACAAAUUUGGGGUGUUUUUAUUGAUUAAUUAUUGAUUUCAUUGGGAAAAUCCCUUUUGAUUUAUUUGUGUGUUGAAAAUCAGCAGCGGACGCUGAUAGGUUUGUGGAAGCGCCAACCUCUGAGGCAUUGGAGGAUGCCAGACGGAUUGAGUUGUUGAGUAUUGCUAAAAUGUUAAAACUUGCCAAAGUGAAAUCGACAAUGAGGAGGGCACAGAUGCAGAGAAUUAUAGCUGAACAUGAUGUA